GUGCGAGAGAGCUCAAGUCGGUUUUACCAUUUCAGUUUCACUCAGACCCCGGACUGAAAUCGCGCGUGUCCACCGCCAAUACUCGAGUCACGGUGAGCCACAGCCUCGUGCCUGAAAUUAAACGACGAUAUUUUUCAGAACGACGUGCCCCGUGCUUUUUUUCCCCUAAUCGUAGAACGCACAGUGAUUCGUUUCCCACGGAAAAGUCGCAGUUUCGACCCGUGUGCUCGCGGAACGGUGUCACGUUUCAUCGACGAAAGAAGUUUCUAUCCACCGGCGACGACUAAAGGGCAGCCGACAUACGGAACGUUUAUCAAGAGAUAGAGCAAAAUGGGUUACGGGACGGAGAUGGACGGCUGUGGCCGCUGUAUGAAGUACUCCCUGUUCUUCGUCAACUUCGUGAUCUUCUUUGGUGGAGUUGCCAUAGUUGGAUUGGCGGUGUGGGCCCUGUUGGACAAGGUGCCAUGGAUAGGUGAACUCGUGGGAAACGAUCUGUUAACAGGUGCGAUUUACGUUCUCCUGGCCGGUGGAGUGAUCGUCGCUAUCAUCUCGUUCUUCGGUUGCAUCGGUGCGUCACGGGAAGUCAAGUGCAUGCUUCUCACGUACUUCAUCAUCGUGUUCCUGUUGUUCGUGACGAUGCUAAUUGGCGGUGUCCUCGCGUACGUGUUCCGUGAGAAAUUGGUGAACACUCUCCAGAGGGAAAUGUCGAGUUCGAUGAGAGUUUACGAUAGUCGCAAAGCAGUCAGGGAGGCCUGGGACACGACCCAAUCCACGCUGCACUGCUGCGGUGUUAACGGCUGGAGAGACUGGGGUGAUCUAGGACUGAACGUCCCUCAGAGUUGCUGUCGCGAAAUCCAACCUGGCCAGCGAUUCAACUGCAACGCUGGGCCAGACACAGUGAAUCCCUCGAAUGCCUACCUCGUCGGGUGCAUCAAUGGAACGCAGAUUUACAUGCAAGGACACGCGACGAAGAUGGGUGCCGCCGGAAUCGCAGUCGCAUGUCUGAUGUUCUUCGGCAUGAUAUUCUCGUGCGCGCUCUUCAAGAUGAUAGAAUGACGCGGUCGUCGCGUAAUUUAAAAACACCUUGGUUCUUCGCGUCGAGCUAAUGAAGAGCAAAAGUGGAUGACAGCCGUCCUCGAGCGACUCGCAUGAAUUCAUAAUCAACGUCAUCGUCAUUUGAGCGUAUCCAGCUGAAGUAUCGAGAAUCAAAAUGCAUCUCCACGCGCAUCUAACUUUCCAAUGUACAGUCUUCGUCAUUUUGUUACAUUUAGCUUUAUCGUACCUUUAUUUACCCGUUUCGUUCUUUUUCAAUCUCUUUCCUUUCUCCUUUAUUUUUUCUUUCUUUGUAAUGUAUAGCGAUACGUUAAGCAUUCUCGUUUCAUUCUACGUUGUACUAUACUAUUAUAUAUAAUUUUUAUGGCAAAACACACACACACACACACACACACACACACACACACACACACACACAUUCUGUACCUUGUACGCGUAAUAAAUACGAACGUGUAUAAAAGUAUCUCAUAGUGGAGGUAAACGUUCGCUCUUUCGGUUCCAAAGGGAGUCCUUUGUCCUUGGAACCUCGUCUGUCUGGGAACAGUCUCUGAAUUCCGGAGCUAAAUCGAUACUUUUUAAUACACGACUGGCCAUCGUCUCUCCUUCGUUUUCUACAUUAUUCAUAAGUCAGUGAUUUUGUUCCUUUGCGAUACAGACGUGUUCAAAAGUAUCAGACACGUGUGGCUAGGCACACCUGAUACUUUAAAUGGAAUAGUCCAAAGUGCGAGUACCAUAAUAAACAAAAUUUGAAUUUUAACUUCGUGCACGUCAUAGGGAAAUAUUAACUAGAAUUGUUGCCGAUUUCUAAUAAAAUAAUUCGUCCCUCAAAAG